CCUGCCGUCCGCGCUCCAAUCACAUCCCUCGCAGCGGCCAUUACUGUACACCGGCACGUGACCUUCCAUCACUCGACUUCUCCCGGCAACUCCUCGCUGCGGCUUUACCAUUCACUUCAAAAGCCCAUUACCGCCACCAUGCCUCAGGAUAUGCCCCCGGCGGGCGGCUACGCCCCCGUCCAGUACAAGCGGAACCUCCCCUCCCGUGGCUACCAGGCCUACCUUUACAUGGCCGGUAUGCACCUGAUCAUGAUCUGGGGUACCUACAAGUAUAUGCAAGGAACCCGCGAGCAACGUGAGCUUGCUCGCGAGAAGAUGUGGGCUCGCAUGCACCUCACCCCUCUCCUCCAGGCCGAGGAGGACCGUGACCAGGUCCGUCGUCAUUUUGCUGCUCAGGCCCGCGAGAAGGAGCUCCUCGGCAGCGAGUCCAAGAUCUACAACUCCGACCGGUAUGCACUCCAUGAUCUAGCAUCAAUCUCCCCUCCCGGGCUUUUUUCGUUGCUAACACCCGGUCUC